GGAUUCUUUGAAGGGUUAACAUUUGUUAUACAGAAGGAAUGGAGGUAUUUGGUAAAUCUGUGGUAGCUGUCUCUACCAAUAUUAUUUAUUUGUCAAGUAUACUUGGACAAGAUGGGCCUAACCCUGUUCACAAGUGUGAUUGGAAAUGUGAAAACGAACAUGUGUGUGGGAACAUGUAUCGCUGCAAGCUAACUGGACUUACCCACAUUUGUGACAAAAACUGUAACCAGAGAAUUCUAUAUGAUAACCAUAGCUCUCUCUGCAGAGUGAGCGAACAGAUUUUCCCUCUAACACCAGUUGAGCAACAGGCUGUGAAAGGUGUCCGGAGGAAGCUCGACGCUGAGAAUUGCCCAACUGAGAGCUGUGCUUUUAAGCGCAGAAGGGAUGCUCAGUAUCACCCUUCACCAUUUGAGAGGUCAUUUACAGCUGUUGGUCCCAUCUGCAGCCCGAUUGGCGAUGGCAUGGAUAUGAGCUAGAUUAUAACUUCUAAUUUCACACGUCUUUGUCCUUUUUCCCUUGAUUUUGCUUUUUCCUAGGCUAUGUUCAGGACUGAAGAACUCAUUGAGUACCUCAGUGGCGGACCUGAGUGUCUAGCCCUUGUGUAGGCAACUUUAUGUUUAACUUUCCUUUCUUUGAGUUGUAGCUCUGGCAAUGUCAUAAGACUCAUAACUCCUAGGAAGUUUAUGAUGGAAUAUCCUGUGAACUUAUUGUGAAGCUCAAGUUGCAUUUGGCUGCAUUUCGUAGCUUGAAGUAUGACUAGACAACGUUAUAUUAGGACACUGAGGUUUUCAAUUUGAUAGUGUACUGCUAACUGUGAUUCCUCCUUGACUACUUUAUUCGCUUUUGUUUCUUUUCUUUCUAAUCUCUUGAGUGUUAUUUAUUCUUUAUAACCUUAUUACCUUAAUGAAAGCUAAGGCAUCCUGCAGGUUCAUUUGAAGGAAGUGUAUGAAAUGUCAUUCAGUGGCUUGUUCUGAUUUGUAUGUACAUCUUAGCUAUAAAAUUAUCACUCUUUCUUUGAGAGGCUUACUUUCACUUGAUAGAAGAAUGUUUCAUUCAUCGGUUCCAGAGGAACAAUGACCUUGUUAUUUCGUGACAGCCUAUCCUGAUUUACCUUUGCUUGAUUUUCUAUUGUCCUGCAGGUUGAGGAGGAAGAACUUAAUUUUAUGUUUGAUUUUUGCUUUAUGUCUUUUCAGUUUUAUGUUCUUUUCAGAUUUCUUUAACCUGUGUUCCUAAAGUUAUUCAUUUUUGCAGGAGCUGAAGCAUAUUCCAUUCAGGAGAGUUUCAAAUAUAAUUUGCUUG